AUGGAUGAGAGUCAUGCUGAUGGACAGUCCUUGACAAAGGUUCUGAUCACAGCAUUAUCAUAUAGUGAGGAUCUAACAAGAAGCCUUGGACAGCUUAGGCACGAAAACGACGCACUCAAGGUGCAAGUCGACAAACUACAGCAAAUCUCGACCACUUCAACGCCAGCUGAGCAUGAAGAGGCUAUCAAGGAGCUAAGGCUAGAAAAUAAGGCUUUGAAAUCCGAGCUUGCGCGCCUCAAGCAAGCCCCAGGAGCGGCAAGCCAAGUAGAGCAUUUAUUCAAGCAGAAUGCAGAGAAGCAGAGCGAGAUUGACAGUUUGAAAUCAAAGUUGCGUACUCUGCAAUCUCAGAAACGUAAAUGGCGACUACUGAAUCCCGAUGUUUCUUCACCCAUCGUUUCGUCCGAUGAUGCGGAUCGCUUGUCUCAUUCACCAGCACCAACGAGCUCACAUACAAAUGGGCAUUCACAGCAGUCCGGCAGCGAGACGGCUGGGCAUGCUCGCAAGCGGCCUCGAUCUAGAAGUCCCAAUCCGAAAUCAUCCCUGCGCGAAAUGUCUUCCAAUCUGCCGGAGGGCGGUAGAAACAUGGGAGCCCGGCCCAAGUUCAAAUUUGGAACGCUUGGUUCCAAAGGGCCAGGUGCCAUCGACAUGGUCGCUGAGGACGGAGAAAGUCACAAUCUUCCCACAGCUCCACCAACGGAAGUCUCAGUAUCUCCGAUUCUGGCUCCUGCGGCCCACAACCGACUACAGAAUCUCCUACAGGCACCUCCCAGCUUUCAACUUUUACCACGUACGGGCACUUCGGGUGCAGAUGUUCCAACACGACCACAAACUCACUUCCUGCCUCCUCGACCGACCGUCCCAUCUGGACCCGAGGACGCUGAACCAUUCCGAUCCAGGCCAUUGAAUCGACAAAGCCUGUCGCACUUCAGGCAGAAUCCACAGUAUCAUGACGGCCUGAAUUAUGCCUUCUAUGAAACUGUUCGGAAUCAUGAGGCUCGGAAAUGUCUUCCUGGAUGUACCAAAGCAGGAUGCUGUGGUAAUAAAUUCCAGGCAAUUGCCGAAACGCUGCCACGGGGAGUUAGGCAAAUACCUGACGAUGAACUGUUGCUUGAGUUUUUCGGUCAAGGAUCAGAGGCUAAAAUUCGAGGCCUGACUCCCAUGGCGAGGAACAAUCUCAUCCAUGAAGCUCGAGCCAAGAAGAUAGCAAAUGCUUUUGGUAAAAUCCAUAGGCGUGCCUCUGACCGACCCAAAACGCCACCUGACUACUGGGGACUAGAUGUGCUGGGAUCACAGGAAGAACGAAAAUCUCGUGAACAGGGGCUCCUGAUCGAGAGAGAAGAAGUAGAGAAACGAUACCAUGAGGCUAUGAAACCAAACGGACGAUGGUUAUUUGCAGAUGAGUGA